AAUAAUUAAGAUUUUCAUCAAAACAAAUGAAAUUCAUAAAAUUUUUAACACUCUUAACGCUAAUUAUAAUAGUUACGAUUAAGCCAAUUUCAACAGACAUUACCUGCAUCUCAUGCAUAAUAAAAGUUGACAGGGACUGUUUCAACCUUGGAAAUUACAAAACGCAAGAUUAUUAUCGCAGAAAUUGUUCGUCUGGUUACUGUACCAAUUUAAUUGGACAAUAUGGUGAUAUUGAUGUUGGCUAUGAUGCCGUGUACAAUACAAGACGUGCUUGUGGAGGAAUAGAUUAUUGUGCUAGACCUCAUGCUAUUUGUUGUACCUGUAAUACGAGCGAUUGUAAUAGUGAUUUAUUCUGUGGAACAGCUUCUUAUAUCGAACUGGAUUUUUGGAAUAUUUUUGCUGUGGGUUUUUUAAUAACUGUUUUUAAUAUGAGCUAAAUAAAUGUGAUAA